AAGAUGAUAUGGAGGAGGAGAGCAUCAAUUCAGACACGGAAUCCGAAGAAAAAAAUUACGUUUCUGAAAAUGAAUCCGAAGUUAAUACAGAUGCAAAUUUAAAACUUUUAUACGUUAUUAAGAAAUCGAAUUUGGAAUCCAUUCGAUCUCCUGGAAUUCUUCGAUGCAGAAAAUUCCGAAGAAAAAUAUAUUUUGCAAUGUCCGAAAGCUCCUAUUUUUUGCGCCUGAAUGACAAGAAUAAAAUGAAAUGUUUUAUCACAAUGAGUAUGAUAGAAAACGUUGAAUUUUUUGUUCAUGAAUUCUCUAAAGAAUAUAUAAAUUCCGAAUUUUUGAGAACUCUCGAUGAAGUGAAGUUUUUCAAAUUUGUAUUACUCGACUUCGCAUUCAAAUAUGCGGAAAAUAAGUUCAAAUUCGAUCAUUUUACCUUAUUCCCCUACCAGAAAGGAGACGAAGAUAUCGUAAAAUUCUUUAAAAUGAUUAAAUAUUUGAUACCAUGUUGUAACAAAUUCAAGAAACUCGGAAUUAACAGUUACAUUUCAAUACUAAAAUAUUGCAAAUCUUCUAAAUUGGUUUCAGUAAAGAAAUCAGUAAAGAAAUCAGAAGAGGAAGAUACAUCACAACGUAGGUUUAUAGAAACUUUUAAAUCAUUGUUUCUAUUAUACGUCGAUGAACUCUUAGAACUUCUGCGAGAUUUGGAUGGUACCGGAUUGAACGAUUUAGCAGAUAAAUUCGUCUGUUAUUGCCCACAAGAUAUUUUCUACGAUUGCUUAUUAGAUUCUAGAGAAAAUUUGGGUAAACUAUUAAUCCCUAAACGAAUAUUCAAGUCAAUGGAUUUGUUGGAAAAGUCAUUACUGAUAAUAAAACUUCACCAGACGAAACUUUUGUGUAUGAAUUACAUGAUAGAUAUCAUAAACAUUCAACUAAUCAAAAAUAUGCAAUUGAUUAGAAAUGUCAUUUCAAAGGAUCUUGAAACAGAUUUGUUGCUGAUUAGUGAGAUGAAUCUGUACAAGUUAGCUUAUAUAGACAUUGCCCUGAAGUACAAGAAACAUUUAAACUUCAUUGAUUUCUCUUACGCUUCCGUCAUUUUGUCCAUAGUUGAUGACAAACACGAGGAAUUCGUAAACAAUAUAACGACACUAUCCGACUUAGUUAACAAUUUUUCUAAGGAAUUCGGAAAGAUUUUUAUAAAAAUUUUAANAUGA